AUGAUCACUCCCAAGUCUCUCGCUGCCAGUGCUUUGGCCCUUCUCCCCUUCGCUGUCCAAGCCACAUACCCUUUCUACAACCCCGGCACUCUGCCUGGCAACUGGGACGCCUCUCGCGCAGAGCAUGAUGGGACAGUUCAACAAGUCACCAACGUCGUAUACAAAGGUACCACAGCCCUCAAGAUGACGCAAACCUACGACGCGUCUUAUACCGGCCGAUACCACUCCGAGGUAGACGUCUCGAACGGCUAUACUCGUGGCGACGAGCGCUUCUACGGCUUCGCUUUUCGCUUGUCGGAGAGCUGGUCUUUCGAAGGGACGCAGUCUUACAACAUCGCUCAGUUCAUUGCCAAUCGUCCCGGCGCUGGUUGCGGCGAUGACGACUGGAUGCCCUCGUCCAUGCUCUGGCUCAAGGGCACUCAACUCACAACACGCAUUGUCAGCGGACAAUACACCAGUCCGAACUGCAUCCGCAACUUUUCUGAGUUUGGCAACCUUGCCACCGUCUCUGCUGGAGCAUGGCACACGGUCGUCAUUCAGGCGCGAUGGAAUAGCGACAACACGGGCUUCUACAAGAUCUGGUUCGAUGGGGCCAAGGUGCUUGAGAAGUACGAUGUUGCUACAACGAUUAGCAACGACAACAGCAAAUUCGCAUUCCGUGUCGGCUUAUACGCAAACAGCUGGCAUGAUGAUAAGAAGAUGGUUGGGAGCCAGGCAUUUCGACAAAUCUGGUUUGAUGAAGUUUCUGUCGACUCUACUUACAAGGCCGUCGAUCCCGCUCAAUAA